AAAAAAAUUCCGAGUCUUCUGAGAUCACUUAUUGGGCACUUGACGUCCAUCACAUCAAGAAGAUGAAUCACUUUUUGCAUAUCUUGGUCUGCUCUUGACCUGGCGUCUGUUGCCUCUGACUCGGGUAUGCCUCUUAUGCGUAUGCCAUCGUAUUCUUUUUGGGAUGCUUUCCCGUUUUUGGGUGUGGGUUUUUUCGCUUCUGGCGCAACUUGUUUUUGUUGCAUUUCUGAUUUGAUUUCAAUCAUCGCUUCCUUGAGUUCUUUGGUGCCUUCUUCGAUUGUUUGUGUUUUUUGAGUGCUUUCAUUCGCAUGUUUAGUAUUAAUAAUUGCAUCCUUCUGGUUAUUUUCCACACAUCUGUUACAUAACAGAAGAACAUUCUUGUUCAGUUGUUUCAAUACGUUUAUGGCAUUUUCUAGUUGCUCUCACUGAGUCAGAAACUUCAUCAGUGUCUCUUGAAUUUUGAGAUGAAUGGACGAACAGAAUAAUACCAACGAAAAUAUGAGCAGUGAAAAGCAGUCGGAAGAUCAAACAUCGUCGAAACCAGAUGAGAAAAUAGACGUGACAAAGUCAAGCGAUGAUAGAAACCGAGAAGAUGAUAUGCCUGGCAGUACGACGCAAUUAUUAAAAGUAAGUGAAAUAGAAGAGCUAAAUCGUGAAGCAGACAUUGAAGAUUCUCAAUCGGCGUUUGAAGUAGCUCCCACAGUCUCAAGUCAGCCUAAUUUUUCAAGUAUUGAAAAUGCUGCUCCUGAUUCUGACCAUAAAUCAUUAGAAAUCAUCAAUAAGGUGUCCAUUGUGCCUAGCAGUAUAGUUGCUGAGCCUCAAAAAAAUGUAACCAACUCUAUGCAAGUACAAACAGCAUCCGUUAACUCAACUGCUCUACCACUUGGUCCUCCAAUGGUCCCACAGAUGCCAAUGAUCAGACCACCACAAGCACAAUCUCAGAUACCGGCUCCUGAUGUAUGGGUGGAGACACCUGGACCAGACGGGAAGGUGUACUUCUACCAUGCGCAGACGAGGCAGACGCAAUGGACUAGACCGGAUAAGACAACUGUGAUCACACAAGAAGAAUUUAAGAAGAUGGUACUUACAAUUAGCUCCACUCUUGGGGCACUCCCGAAUCUUCCGCCACAAGGAAAUAAUCCACAGGCACGCUUGAGGUUUGGUCAACCCGCGUCAAGUACAUUGCCACCCUCCCCACACUUCAAUCAGACCGGAGGUCCGCCACAUAUGUAUCCUAGAGUACCACCGCAGCAUACACAUCCUCCAUUUAUGAAUACAAAUGGUGGACCUCCGGCAACAAUGGGAGGGAUGCCUUUACCCAAUCUUCCAAGACCUGCAAUGCCUCCACCAAAUUUCGCUGCAAUGCUGCCUCCUGGAAUGGGAGGUCUCAACGGACAGAAUGGUCCAGGGAGGCCACCUACUAUGCAUGUGCAGCACCCUCCUCCGGGAAUGCCGCCUCAUAGGCCACCUCAACAUGUAAAUAUGAACCCAGGUAUAGGUAUGCCUCCAAAUCACCCAAUGGGACCCCCUCAGCUUCUCCCACACAUGCAAGCAUCAGCAGUGAAUGGACCUCCUCCAGGGGCUCCGAAUAUUCCUAGUGUGCAGCCUCCUCAGCUGGGAAAUGGGGGAAGUGAAUGGGCUGAGAAUGUAACUCCAGAUGGGAAGAUGUACUGGUACAAUGUAAGGACAAUGCAGACUACUUGGGUGAAGCCGCGGCAGGUAGAAGAGGAAGAAAGAAUGAAAAAAGAAAGAGAGGAGUUAGAAAAAGUAGAGAAACAGAAAAGAGAGAAAGAGGAAAAAGAUAAACUGGAAAAGGAGGCCAAAGAGGCAGAGGCCAAGGCCCGUGCCAAGCCAGUGGCUUCUGAACCUGUACCUCACAGCGCUUGGUGCGUUGUAUUUACUGGGGACAACCGGGUGUUUUACUUCAAUCCUUCUUCUAAAUUGUCUGUGUGGCACAGACCCGAAGAACUGUUACACAACAAAGACGUAGAUAGAAUUCUUACGAGCCCAUCACAUAGAAACAAUAACAACUCAAAAAAUUCUUCCGAUGUGCCAGGUAAAGAUUUAAUGAGCACAGUAGAGAAGACUUUAAUGCAGGAAGAGGGAACUGAAAUAUUGGGUCAGACAGCCGUACUCGAAGACAGUGAAGGUCCAGCAGCGAAAAAAAAGAGAACCGAAGAGGCUGCUCAGCAGGUAGAUGAGGCCAGAGUUGCCAAUUUGCGGGCCGCUAUACCCCUGGAAACUAGGCAGCAACAAUUCAUGGAAAUGUUGCAGGAGAGAAGUGUGUCGGCCUUUUCAACGUGGGAUAAGGAGCUACCCAAGAUAGUUUUUGAUCAUAGGUACAGUCUGUUGUCGGCCAAAGAGAGGAAAACAAUGUUUGACACUUUCACGCGCCUCAAGGCCGAGGAAGAGCGGAAAGAGAAGAGUCAUAGACUUAAAGAGAAGAGAGAACAGUUCAAGACACUUCUAGAGGAGUCGAGUAUAACACCAAGAAUGACUUUCAAUGAGUGGGUGGCCAAAGGUUGGAGUAAAGAUGUUCGUUUCAAAGCGGUCGAGAAAAACAGGGAAAGGGAGAGCAUGUUCGAAGAGUUUGUGAGUCAAUUAAGACAGAAGGAGCAAGAUAGCAGUAAAGCAAAGCUGAGUAAUUUGAAAGAUGAGUUUCUUUGCCUAUUGGCGGAACAGAAGUACCUAGAUGAUAGUGCCCGUUGGAGCAAACUAAAAAGUGUUCUGGAGGACGAUAGUAGAUACAGAGCAGUGCCGUCAUCCACUCUGCGAGAGCAAUGGUUCACUGAGUAUAUACAGCAGUUAAGAAGAACUGCUGGCGACGAGGACGUUAGCAUUAACCCUGGCCAGUUAGAAGAGCAAGAGAGACGUAGACGAAUGGAGGAGAGCUUAAGGAUACGAGAGGAAGCAGUAGAAAGGGAAAGAGAAUUGAAUCAGAGGCAGAUCUCAGAGCAGAGACUGCAUCAUAGGAGAGAGGAAACGGUUCUCAGGUUCAAUGCACUCUUACAAGAUAUCAUCAAAGACGCAGAGAUGACGUGGAAAAGUGGGCGAAGAUUGUUGAAGAAAGAUCAUAGGUGGGAGGAGGAUAGAGAUAGAGAUAAAGAGAAGGAACAAGGAAGUAGUGCUCUCCUCUCGAGGGAUGACAAAGAAGAGUUAUUCAAGCAACACGUACAACAGUUGGGCGAAAAGCGCAAACAGCAGUUCAGAGAAAUGUUGGACCAAUGCGAAGGUAUCUCCUUUACGACCACUUGGAGAGAGGCGAAACGAAGGUUGAGAGAUGAACCGCGAUGGGAGAAAGUGAGUAGCAAUGACAGAACUAGAGAAAGGGAGUUCGAGGCAUGGCGGGAGAGUGCAUACAUGCGGGCUAAACAUAAUUUCAAAGAAUUGUUGCGUGAGACGAGAAUGAUCACACAUAAAAGUCACUCCUUGGUCAGACAAAGCGAACAGCACAUGCAUGAUAUCGAAGAGAUUCUUAAGAAAGACAAGAGGUAUCUAGUGUUAAACAGCAUCAAUCAAGAGAGGCGAAAGAUGAUUAUCAACUAUUUGGAGGAUGUCAGUAAGAGGGGGCCCCCUCCUCCACCUACUGCAUCCGACCCUACACGUAGAAACUUACCCCCACUUUUGCACCCUACGUCUUCCAACGCGACAGCAGAAUAGAGCGUAAAAUGUUUGCCGCGAUUUCAGACAUUGCAUGGCCAAGUUUUGUUUAGACGCCCUUUCCUUCGGAAAAUGGUGGAGCAAAUAAAAUUGUGCGAAGAGAAAACUAUUGAAAAUACUUGUGAUAAAUGCUGAUGUUAUUAAAGCUCAUUUUGUUCGUUCAUUGCAAUAACUCACCUAAUCAAUAGAUACUGUAAUCUAAAUG